CAGAACCGCACAUUUGUUUGGCGACACAAGGAUCCGCAACGCGCAGCGCUAACGCGUAGCUGUUAAUGAGAACCAGACCAUGUUAGCUCUAAAAGCACUGGGUGUAUAUCUCCUACUGUUUGGAGUGCAGUCUGCUUCCAGUUUGACCCACAAAACUUUGGAGCUGAUGUCUAAAUACAGACUGAUAGAUGGACACAAUGACCUCCCUUUGCACAUCCGCAUGCUCAAGAAUAACAGACUCAGCAAGUUUAAUUUGUACAACAACCCAGAAACUGCUACGGAUAUUACCCGACUCAAAGCUGCACAUGUUGGAGGACAGAUGUUUGCCGCGUAUGUUUUAUGUACAGCUCAGGACAAAGAUGCCGUUAGACUGGCAUUGGAGCAGAUUGAUGUGAUACGACGUAUGUGCACUGAAUACCCGGAGCUGGAGUUGGUGACCACUUCUACAGAAAUGAAUGCCACAAAGAAGAUAGCUUGUUUAAUCAGUAUAGAAGGAGGCCAUGCAAUUGAUAGCAGUCUAGCAGCUUUACGCAUGUUCUACCAGUUAGGAGUGAGAUCUUUGUCUCUCACGCACACCUGCAACACACCUUGGGCAGAAAGCUCUUCCCAACAUUACUCUUACUACAAGAGAGACGACAAUUCCUUGACAGAUUUUGGCAAGGCAGUGGUACAUGAGAUGAACCGGCUGGGAAUGUUGAUUGAUCUGUCUCAUACUUCCUGGGCUACAGCAAAAGCCGUGCUGCAACUUUCCAAAGCUCCGGUCAUCUUCAGCCACUCCUCAGCCUACACCAUCUGUAACAACCCACGCAAUGUGCCUGAUGACUUGCUUUUCAUGCUGAAAGCAAAUGGAGGGCUCAUUAUGGUGAACUUCUACAGUGAUUUUAUAGCUUGUGGUGCUCAUGCAAAUGUCUCUCAUGUAGCUGACCAUUUUGACCAUCUGAAGCAUGUGAUAGGAGCCGAACACAUUGGAAUCGGUGGUGACUAUGAUGGGGCCAAUAGUUUUCCUCAGUUUCUGGAGGAUGUGUCUAAAUACCCUGCUCUGAUUGGAGAACUGUGGAGUAGGAAAUGGAGUGAGGAAGAACUGGCAGGUGUACUGAGGCUCAACUUCCUCAGAGUGUUCAAGAAAGUGGAAAAGAUACGUGAUGAACUGCACAACACUAUUCCCAGUGAGGUGUUAAUCCCUGUUGCAGAGGCCCAAAACGAUUGCCGUUUGGUGUUGAGACAUCCGAAAAUCCCCGAAAUGGUCAAGUCAACCGGGAUGCGAGCAUACAUUUGUUUAAGAUCUGAUGCUCUGUUCUGGACUGUUCUUUUUGUCCAUUUUAUGCUGCUAUGUAAACCAAUAUAUUAUAAUUGAUGCUAGUACAAUCAUUUAUAAAAAAGUCUGAAUGCCUUCUUUGUGUAAAGGGCAUAGCUUGUUUGAGUACAACAUUUAAGACAUAGAUUUAAAGCAUUUAAGAAUUAGAGGCCUUGUUUAUACUCUGCUAUUUCAUGCAUUUACAAAUUCUCCUCCUUAGCAUGUGGCAUGAUUCCAAGUGCAAUAAGUACUGUAAUAGUUUGUUUAGAGUUUUCUCCGUGCUUUUCUUAUACAUUGUGUAUUUGUAUUUUGGUUCUGUCUCUACCAUCUCAUUACUUGUCUGUUACCUAAUGUAUACACCUGUAAUAUCUGUAAGUCCAUCCAAUGAUUAGUUUACCUUUAUGUACCCCCAUGUCUCAUCACAAAUCUAUUAGGUAAUCCUAGUGUAAAAGUGCAUUACUGACCCUUGUUUUUUGAUUAUAUGAUUUUAAUACUUAAAAGACACAUUUGUUUCUUCCUUGUUUGUUGGUGCUUGAAUGGGAUUUGACAUACUCUGGAUUAUGAAGAUAUUUUUUUGGACUAUCCCUAGUAAACAACAGUUUAUGAAGUUUAUGGGGUAUGUGUGUAUAUAUAUAUAUAUAUAUAUAUAUAUAUAUAUAUAUAUACACACACACACACACCGACCAGGCAUAACAUUAUGACAGGUGAGUGAAUAACACUGAUGAUCUCUUAACACCUGUUUAUUGGUGAGAUAUAUUUGGCAGCUAGUAAACAUUUUGUCCUCAAAGUUGAUAUGUUAGAAGCAGGAAAAAUGGGCAAGCGUAAGGAUUUGAGUGAGUUUGACAUGGGACAAAUUGUGAUGUCUAGACGACUGGGUCAGAGCACCUCCACAACUGCAGCUGUUGUUGGUUGUUCCCAGUCUGCAGUGGUCAGUAUCUAUCAAAAGUGGUCCAAGAAAGGAAUAGUGGUGAACUGGCAACAGGGUCAUGGGCAGCCAAGGUUCAUUGAUGUAUGUGGAGAGAGAAGGCUGGUCCUUGUGGUCCAAUCCAACAGAUGAGCUACUGUAAGAAGUUAAUGGUGUUAAUGCUCAAUGGGUCAGGACUGUUUUGGCAGCAAAAGGGGGACAACAACAAUAUUAGGCAUGGGGUGGCCUGGUAGGUCUGUGCGUGUGUGUGUAAAUUUCAUCUUUUUAAAUAUUGUUUUUUACACUAAUGUUUAUUCCGUAUUCAAUGCUUAUCAUUUAUAGAAAUGUAUUUUUAAUUUAUAUAGUUUUAAGAAAUCAAGUUUUAUGCUAUCCAAACUUUGCUAUAUUUCACCUCUUUUUUUUUCCAGUUUGUUUUGUUUCUUGUCUUUAAAGGCUAUGCCUUUCAAUAAGAGUACUUACUGUAUGUCUAAAUACAGAGUUGUUAGAUGGAUAGAUAUCUUAUUAUGUGGACUAUAAACCAGUAUCAAUAUAAAUUUAUUAAGAGAGAAUUCAAAGCAGUUUUGUAAGUCAAUUUGGAUAAGGGCAUCUGCCAAACACCAUGAAUGUGAACAAGCAAAUCAUGCAUUUGCACAUGUUGAUUUGAGUUUUUUAUUUAUUUUUUUCCACUCUGAUCAUUUUAAGUUUUACAGAUUCAUUUGCAUGUAUUGUGGCCACAUAAAUAUCAAUGUGUAAUAA